CCUGCGACGUCAUACAAGACCGUCUAAACAACAUGGCGGCCACUGGAAAGAAGUCUGUUUUGUUCGUUUGCUUGGGGAACAUUUGCAGAUCCCCAAUCGCUGAAGCAGUCUUCAGUAAGAUGGCAACAGACUCUGGUGUUGCGGACAAGUGGGUCAUAGACAGUGGUGCCACAUCUGACUGGAAUAUAGGCAGCUCACCGGAUGCCCGCGGUCUGGCCUGCCUAAGGAAGCAUGGCAUUAAGACGAGCCACAGGGCCCGACAGGUGACCAACGACGACUUCAUGAGCUUCGAGUACCUUCUCUGCAUGGACGAGAGCAAUUUGAGUGAGUUGAACAGAAGAUCAAAUCUCAUAAAAAACAACCCAGCAAAGGUUGAGCUUCUUGGUUCAUAUGACCCACAGAAUCGGCGCAUCAUUAAAGACCCAUACUAUGGGAGUGACGAAGACUUUGAAAAGGUGUACGAACAGUGCGCACGCUGCUGCAAAGCCUUCCUGGAGAAGAACUCCUAACAACAUGAGACCUUAAAUGAUCUUUGCUAAAUCUGUUGAAUUAACAAGAGAAAAUUAACCAAAUAUGAUUUGAGUGUGUCACACAAGCACAUGUCAGUACAACUGCUCUUGUGGAUGUCAUUGGAUGACCAGGAAACGCAUCGGUUUCAGUGUUGUGAAUGUUACACAAACCACACAUUAUGUACAUUUAGAACGAUGCUGCAUGGACAAGUUUGUUGAAUUUACGUGAUUAAUAAAAUAAACUAUCGGAGACUUA